AAAUAAAUAAACCUGCCUUUGUAUUUAUUUUCUAUUUCCUUGUUUAAAUACUGUACUGUACUGUACAUGAUUAUCCCUUUUAAUUGAAAAUCAAGUUUGAUUUUUAAAAGUGCGCUACAUCCCCCUUUACGCAUGCGCACAAUCGGCUCCGCGGCUGAUAAGGAGCACAUGCGCAGUUCGAAAUCACCAGCAGUAUCAACGGUGUGUCCGUCAGCAGCAGCCAGCGAAACGAAGCUGAGCGUCCAUCUCCAGUUUUCUUUAAUCAGACCCCUCCAGCCUCGACAUACCGCCCCCAAUUUCAGCCUCGGUACGGAGCCGCCAGGCCGGGACAGAGACGGAGAGAGAGGCCUCGGCCAUGGAACCUCUCGGACCAGGCCCGCCUGCCCCCACCGCUCUCUUCCAGCCUCCGCGGCGUCCCGGCCUUGGCACGGUGGGGAAACCCAUCCGGCUCCUUGCCAACCACUUCCAGGUGCAGAUUCCGAAGAUUGAUGUCUACCAUUAUGACAUCGAGAUCAAGCCAGAGAAGCGUCCUCGAAGGGUCAACAGGGAGGUGGUGGACACCAUGGUGCGGCACUUUAAGAUGCAGAUCUUUGGAGACCGGCAACCAGGGUAUGAUGGGAAGAGGAACAUGUACACAGCACAUCCACUGCCAAUCGGGAGAGACAGGGUGGAUUUGGAGGUGACCCUGCCAGGCGAGGGGAAGGAUCAGACGUUUAAGGUGUCCCUGCAGUGGGUGUCGGUGGUCAGUCUUCAGAUGCUGCUGGAAGCUCUUUCAGGUCACCUGAACGAGGUCCCCGAGGACUCAGUUCAGGCUCUGGACGUCAUCACGCGGCACCUGCCCUCCAUGAGGUACACUCCUGUUGGGCGCUCCUUCUUCUCUCCACCAGAGGGCUACUACCACCCUCUGGGUGGAGGCAGGGAGGUGUGGUUCGGCUUCCAUCAGUCCGUCCGUCCUGCCAUGUGGAACAUGAUGCUCAACAUCGACGUGUCCGCCACCGCUUUUUACCGCGCCCAGCCUGUCAUCGAGUUCAUGUGUGAGGUGCUCGACAUUCAGAACAUCAACGAACAGACCAAACCGCUGACGGACUCACAGAGGGUCAAAUUCACAAAGGAAAUAAGAGGUUUGAAGGUGGAGGUCACACACUGUGGUCAGAUGAAGAGGAAAUACCGUGUGUGCAACGUGACGCGCCGACCCGCCAGCCACCAAACGUUCCCCUUACAGCUGGAGAACGGCCAGGCCAUGGAGUGCACGGUAGCUCAGUAUUUCAAACAGAAGUACAGUCUACAGCUCAAGUAUCCACAUUUACCCUGUCUGCAAGUAGGACAGGAGCAGAAGCACACCUACCUUCCUCUGGAGGUCUGCAACAUCGUGGCUGGCCAACGCUGCAUCAAGAAGCUCACUGACAACCAAACUUCCACCAUGAUUAAAGCUACAGCUCGCUCCGCCCCCGACCGGCAGGAGGAGAUCAGCCGCCUGGUCAAAAGCAACAGCAUGGUCGGGGGCCCCGACCCCUACUUGAAGGAGUUCGGCAUCGUUGUGCACAAUGACAUGACCGAGGUAACGGGACGUGUCCUCCCAGCGCCCAUGCUACAGUAUGGGGGCCGGGUGAGUACAGACACAGGGAGGGACUGUGGCAGGGGACUCUCUCCGCAGAAUAAGACCGUGGCCACGCCCAACCAGGGUGUGUGGGACAUGAGAGGGAAGCAGUUCUAUGCCGGGAUAGAGAUCAAGGUGUGGGCCGUGGCCUGCUUCGCCCCGCAGAAACAGUGCCGGGAGGACCUGCUCAAGAGCUUCACUGACCAGCUGAGGAAGAUUUCAAAAGAUGCCGGGAUGCCCAUCCAGGGCCAGCCGUGCUUCUGUAAAUAUGCCCAGGGAGCUGACAGCGUGGAGCCCAUGUUCAAACACCUCAAGAUGUCCUAUGUAGGUCUGCAGCUGAUCGUUGUCAUUCUACCUGGAAAGACACCAGUCUACGCUGAAGUGAAGCGGGUGGGAGACACUCUCCUUGGCAUGGCCACGCAGUGCGUCCAAGUGAAGAACGUGGUGAAGACGUCCCCUCAGACACUGUCCAACCUCUGCCUGAAGAUCAACGCCAAGCUGGGAGGCAUCAACAACGUCCUGGUUCCUCAUCAGAGGCCCUCUGUGUUCCAGCAGCCCGUCAUCUUCCUCGGUGCUGACGUCACCCAUCCUCCAGCAGGUGAUGGAAAGAAGCCGUCCAUUGCAGCGGUGGUGGGAAGCAUGGACGGUCACCCCAGUCGAUACUGUGCGACUGUUCGAGUCCAGACAUCCCGACAAGACAUCUCCCAGGAGCAACUCUUCAGUCAGGAAGUAAUCCAAGAUCUGACCAACAUGGUGCGGGAGCUACUCAUCCAGUUCUACAAGUCGACCCGCUUCAAGCCCACACGGAUCAUCUAUUACCGCGGCGGUGUAUCCGAGGGACAGAUGAAGCAGGUGGCGUGGCCAGAGCUGAUCGCCAUCAGGAAGGCGUGCAUCAGUCUGGAGGAGGAUUACAGGCCCGGAAUCACUUACAUCGUGGUCCAGAAGCGUCACCACACUCGCCUGUUCUGCUCAGACAAAGCUGAGAGGGUUGGGAAGAGUGGGAAUGUUCCGGCUGGGACCACAGUGGACAGCACCAUCACACAUCCAUCUGAGUUCGACUUCUAUCUGUGCAGCCACGCUGGAAUUCAGGGAACCAGUCGUCCGUCCCACUACCACGUCCUGUGGGACGACAACUGCUUCUCGGCCGACGAACUGCAGCUCCUCACCUACCAGCUGUGCCACACCUACGUCCGCUGUACGCGCUCCGUUUCCAUCCCAGCUCCGGCCUACUACGCCAGGCUGGUGGCUUUCCGAGCACGCUACCACCUGGUGGACAAAGACCAUGACAGCGCUGAAGGCAGCCACGUCUCGGGUCAGAGUAACGGCCGGGACCCCCAGGCGCUGGCGAAGGCCGUCCAGAUCCACUAUGACACCCAGCACACCAUGUACUUUGCCUGAGCGUCUCCUCUCUUCCUGUGGAUCUUCUUUUAAUCUCCUCUCUUCCUCAUCUCUCUGUCCUUGUUGAUCUUCUUUUUUGCUCUUUAUUUUCUGACUCUGCACCAAAGCGGCUCGGUUGCUGAUCUCCAGCAGGUUCACGGAACGCUUUCCAACCGGCGUUCCUGCCCAAGCCGCCUUUUCUCAACCAGCAAUCUAGCACUGCGGGCCCUCAGGGGCCCCAAUGCACAACUGAAAAAACAAAAACAAACCCCACAAACACAAACGACAAGUCGAGCCAUUGUUUUGAGUUUGUUUUUGUUUUUUCCUCUAUGAAUGUCUGCACUUGUGUGUUUGUAAGAAACUUGGAGCCGCGGAGCGCCAGCCGUCGCCUCCGCGGCUCUCCCAGCUAAGCAGGACUCUGAUCUACUUUACCUCAAAGCCCCUCGGGGCCAAAUCUGUCACAAGGUCUGGGGUUUGGUGGGUGGUGGGGAGGGAGGCGAAGGGGCUCGACCUUUUCAGAAUGAAAUAUUAUAUAUAUUAUAUUUUUUCCUUUUUAUGAGCGUGUGUUGAAACUUUCUCCUUUUCGGUCUUUUACAAGCGAGGUGACCUGUGUGUCCAUGCUUUCCCCUCAUUUGUGUGUGUAUGUGUGUGUGUUACUGCUGUAUGAGUGUGUGUUUGAUGGCAGACCACUGAACUGUAAAGGGAAAUAAGGAGAUAACUGCUGUAAAUGCCUCAGAUGAGUUGUUUUUAUAUUCACACAUACAGGACAUAUAAGCAUAUAUUUACACCUGCAGAGUGGCGCCUCCUGCAGGCAGCAGAGGGUAUCCAGUUUGGGUCGGCGCAUGAAGCCGAUCUGAUGUGUAGCAAGGGGUGGGGGGGGGCGUGCGGUUGGACCUGAAGGUGGCGCUGCAGGACUGGUUUUUGGCUUGGAUUAUUAACGGCCUCAUUGCACUGACCCGGGGCGAACCGAGGGCACUCUUAUCAGUCUCUUUAUGCAUUUCUACAUACAACAAAGCAGAUUUGUAAAAGUUUUAAUAUAAACCGUUUGGUGGUUAUCUUAAAGCUGUUGUUUAGAACCUGUAGUUUACCCUCGAUGUUGUUGUUGUUGUUUGUUGUUGUCGAUGUUACUGUUGUGAUGAAAUUUUACGGCUGGCAGCAGAGCCACUCAGUAGUUCCUUCAGGAGCGGACAGCUCGCAGCGGGUUUAAUCUUUAUUUGUAGCAUUCUGGUUAACGGUGAUGAUGAGGAGGAGGAUGGACGGAUUCAUGCUUCCUCUCCCGAGAUUGGUUCAGUGUAGCAGCUUCCGAUCGGAAUGAUGGAGACAAUCAGGGCCGGAGGAGGGAUUUUAAACAGUUUUACUCUGUUUGUUUUUGAAGUAAGCCCAUCAUAAAGUCUGUUUAACAGUGUUUGCUUCAUCAUUUUUAUUUUAAAACACUGGACUAAUUGAGCACUGCAUUAAAGACAGUGGAGCCCCCUGGUGGUGUGACUGAAUGCUGCGGGAUUAGAGGCAGAUGGGUCGGUGUGCACGCCGCAUUCAGGUGGGGGCGCUCAGUGGAAACCCUUUUGUAAUAAACCGCCCAUAAAGCUGCAGGUUUACUAUGAAUGAGUUUGAGCACCUUCCUGCUGACGGCGUGCACGCUGGCGUGAAGCGCCGCUGGUGGGAAAAACGCAGCGAGGGGCGGAUAAACGUCACGGAUUGAUGGAUCACUCCCAGAGCAAUAUGAACCUCGAUCAAACGAAGCGAUUAUGAAUCUCCUCAUCGCGCUCGUCCGUCUGUUUUCUCUAACUGUACUCUGAUUUUUAAAGCUUUCGGUUUGUUUUCUUUGCUCGUAUCAAUCAGUGGGAAUGUGCAUUUGGUGGAAUAGUUAUGUAGGCUUAGACAGUUUCCUUUAACAGAUGUAGAUUUGCUCGCCUGCAUGCUGGAGUAUCGUCCUUUUAAAAAAAAAAAAAAACUAUUAAAACGUUUUUGAAUCAUAUUUAUUAUAAGAAACGAUCUAAAGUUUGGGGUAAAUGUUCAUCAGUUUAGUGGGACUGUUUAUAGUCUAGCAAUAUCUGUCCCGUCUCGCUGUUUUUAAGGCUCCUCUGUGAAUCAUGGGAGUGGGGCGGUUCUUUACGAUGUGUUCUAAUCCAAACGAGGUACUUUGAUCAAACUUGGACCCGUUAAAGAGCCGACCCUCUCCUCUGUGCCGGGUCACUGGAGAACAGGACCGUUGCUCUGGGUUUGAGCCCAUGGCCACAACUCCCGUUUCCACGGUGACCAGGAACCCUCCUCUUUUUGACGGGUGGGGUCCAGGGGGCACCGACACCGCCGCGGGACCGGUUUUUAACCUUUUUAAACAAGCUCCCGGAUUGUUUGUGGCCCAUUUUAACAGGAGAGCUUGAAUUAUUUUGAAUUCCUCUCACUUUGAUAUCUGUUUAUAUCUCGAUGGAUUUGUAAUUUUGUGUAUUGUGCAUUUCAUUUUGUUUUUACCUCUUUGGUUCCUGUUGGGGCGGGUUGUUCAAGUUUUGAGUGAAGGUUUGUUAGAUCAGAGCGGUGCGGUUUCGUUAGAAUAGAAGACCAGACGGCCAUUCACUUAUUAUUAUUAUUAUUAUGACUAUUAUUAUUUUAAUUAUAAUUAAUAUUAUGUGACAUGUUUUUUUGUUGUUUUUUUUUUAGCCUGCAGGGAAAUCUUGUGUUCAUGUGCAAAGUAAUAAAUUGGUAUUUUAAGCCCA